AUGGGCGUGGCGCAGCAUGCUACUUGUCUGCUGGGUCACACCGUCCACCACGUCGACAAGGAUGACGGCGCCGUCGCACAGCCGCAUCGCCGUGGACACCUCACACGAGAAAUCGAUGUGUCCAGGCGAAUCCACAAGAUUCAAAAGAUGCUCCGCCCCCUUGUAGACGUGCCGCAGCGCGAUGGAGCUGGCCUUCAUCGUGAUACACCGCUCCUGCUCGUCUGGGCGGGAGUCGAGCAGCCGAACCUCGCCAGCGAGCUGCGGGGAGAGGAUGCCGUUGCUCGCAACCAGGUAGUCGCUAAGCGUGGUCUUGCCGUGAUCCACGUGCGCCACCAUGCAGAAGUUGCGGGUGCGCUCGGGCCUCUCAGCGAGGCGCUGCAGGGACGCGGUGGCCUCAAGACUCAUGUGAAGUCUGAACGGGCCGCCUGUAGGAAGAAAAGUAGGAUAUAUAUAUAUAUGUAUAUGUACUUAGUUGCUUAG